UUGUUAUAGUAGUAAAUAGAAUUUAGCAGUUAGCUGUAGUCUGUAAUAUUGAGCGACGAUUGGGAGGCGACUAUUUUUAAUUUCAUAUUUUAAUAUUUAUAAUUUUUGGGCUUGUACAUAAUUUUGGAAGUUAAAAGUGAUAAAUUAUUAAGUGCAUCGGACAGAAAUAAAAUGUAUAAUAUUUUUCAAGUAUGUGAACAAGAGAAAAUGCAAGUUGUAUGUGCUUAAUUUGUAUUAAUCACACUCAAAACUAUGGCUCAGUCAAAUUUUAGUGCCGUUGAUGAGUAUGGGUUUGAAAGACACGAAGAUUUUGACUACGCGAGCUAUGAAGACUUCAUGUCUGUAUAUCUCAAGGUAUUGGCCUCGAGAGCGCAUAAAUGGUCUACAAUGCUUGGUGAAGGAAAGUCGGUCAAACGCACGAACACUAUUAAAAGAUAUGUACGUAAAGGAAUACCAAGUGAACACCGUCCAUCAGUAUGGAUGGCAAUCUCAGAAGCAGACAAAAUGCGAGAUCUAGCUCCUGACCUGUACCAUAAAAUCUUAGACAGCCCUUUUGAGAAGGAGUUAGUUGAUCUUGUGAAAACAGAUUUACCACGGACAUUUCCAGAUAACAUUUAUUUCACCAAGGAAGCAAACCACCAAACACAUUUAUUUAAUGUGCUUAUUGCUUAUGCCCAUAAUAAUAGAGUUGUUGGAUAUUGUCAAGGAUUAAACUAUAUUGCUGGUCUAUUGUUGCUGGCUACAAAAAGUGAAGAAACUUCAUUCUGGCUGCUCAAAGUAUUGGUGGAAAAAAUACUUCCUGAUUACUACACAAAGACUAUGGACGGUCUCAUCGUUGACAUUGAAGUGUUAUCUGAAUUGGUAAAGUUCAAGGCACCUGAUGUACACCAACAUGUGAUUAACUUAGGUUUACCUUGGGCAGUUAUUACUACAAAGUGGUUUGUUUGUCUCUUUGCUGAAGUGUUACCAAUAGAGACAGUCCUCAGGAUUUGGGACUGUCUAUUUUAUGAGGGCUCAAAGAUUUUGUUCCGAGUUUGCAUUACAUUGAUCAAAACAAAUAAAGAUGCUAUUAUGGCUUGCAAUGACUUUACAUCUUUAGCUGAGUGUUUUAAAGCCAUUGUUAAAAAUGCCAGUGCAUUACACUGUCAUGAGUUUAUGCAGUCAAUAUUCAAAGUACCUGGAACCCUUUCAAAUGCUACUAUUAUCAAAUUACGUGCUCGCUUCGCGAAACAGCGCCGAGAACAACAGCAGAGGGAGCCACCACGAUGAACAAAUUUUAAUAAACUUGAUCUCUAAAAGUACCAAAUGAUGUUCUAUUUAAUCUUUUGCAAAAAUUGGCCGUGACAGGUCAUUAAUGAAUUUCAUUUUUAUUGAGAUUCUAAGCUUCUGUUGUGAAAGAAAUAAGACUUAACAUGACACAAAACAUUGUUACAUUUCUCGCAAUGUUGAUAGAAAUCAAUCUUGAAUAAGAAAGAUUUCUAUGAUUUAUUACCUUUUUGGGUAUGCUUUAAACUUAUUUUUAAUGUAUACUGUAUUUGAUGGUACAUAUUGAUUUUGAAAGUUAUUUAGUCUUAUGCUAGGAAUAAUAAUUUAUUUGAGUGAGACAGUUAUUUUUAAGCAAUAAAUAAGCAAAGCAUUGAUGGUUUACAUAAGCAUUUUUGUUAAUUUUAUUAUAUAAGGUAAAAACUUUAUUAAUAUUGUAUGAGAAAUCAUUUUUAGCAUAAUUAUUGAAACAUCUUAUAUAGGCCUGAUUAUUCUUUUUGGAUAUUAAAUUAGGGUUUCUAGUGCUGUUGUUAUAUAAAAAAUAUAGUAAUAACAACUUUUUGGUGAAGGUUCCUGUUUUAUUCAGCUAAAAAUACAUAUAUGUAUAAUUAUAUAUUGUUAUAAUGAUUUGAGUAAAAUGUAAAGCUUUGUAUAGUGUUUAACACGGGCUAAUCAAAGAAAACCUUUAUCAUAUAAGAUAUGGAAGAAUUAUUAUGUGAAAAUGUAUAAUUCCAUUACUAAAAAACUCAACUCAGUUAAACCACAACUUUCAAUCAAUUCAACAUAAAUUAUAUUAUUAUAAUUGUGUACUAUGUGCUUUUUUGUCUUGUGUCCCGAUUUAUUCAUGUCAAUGAUAGAUAAAUGUCAACUAAGGUUAAAAAAAUUCUAUAUGUACAGAUAUAUUUCAAAAAUAUAUUAAUGUUCAAGA